UAGGGUUCAUUCUAAUUUCUACUGCCUUCAUCCAAUUUUCAGAUAUAAUUUUUUGACUUACUGUAUAAUUAGAUGAGCAUGUAGUUAAAUCUUGCACGAAUUUGAUAAGUGAUGUCAGUGUACAAUGCUGUUGUAUGGUGUAUGUGUUCUGUCAUCUCCCAUUUUGACAAAUAUUACAUAUUUUGCUUACAAUAUACAAAAACUUCAUAAGUUUAUGUACAUAAAUUGACAUAUUAACACUUUGCUAUUGUCAGUAAGCUAAUGUUUUGCUUACCCUGUACUUAUUUUGUUUGUUCAUCCAUACUCUUAUCACUUAUAACAAACAAUUGUUUUCACGUAGGGUGUAUUUGUACCAUAAUCUUACAUUUCUAGAUGUAUAAAUAGAGUACACUCAGUUGCUGUAUAUGAACAGAAGCUAAGUAAAAUGGCUAUGAGUGUAACAGAAGUUUCGCUCCUUGUUAUUGUUGUGUAUGGCUUCCUUACUUUUCAUGUUCAGGCUCAGUGCAGUAAGCCUCCGAUUGUGUUUGCGUUCGGUGACUCUAAUACUGAUACCGGUGCGUAUUUUUCCGGCUUGGGUAUGAUUUUUGGAACCCCCAAUGGUCGUGCUUACUUCAGCAAGCCAUCCGGUCGGUUGUCUGAUGGUCGAUUGAUCAUUGAUUUCUUGAUUGAAAGUGUGAACUCUAGUUACUUGACACCAUAUCUUGAACCUCUGGGGCCAAAUUUUAGAUAUGGAGUUAACUUUGCCUUUGCUGGUGCUGCUACGUCUCCUAGAUUUAAACCGUUUAGCUUGGACGUUCAAGUUCUUCAGUUCACUCACUUCCGAACUCGCUCUCCAGAGCUACUAUUAAAAGGAUAUAAGGAAUUGGUUAGUGAGGAAGAUUUCAAGGAUGCUCUGUACUUAUUUGACAUUGGACAGAAUGAUUUGGCUGGUUCAUUUGAAUAUCUUUCUUACAAUGAAGUUAUUGCUAAAAUCCCAUCUAUCAUUGAUGAAAUUGACUAUGCUAUUCAGGGUAUAUAUAAGCAAGGAGGAAGGAAUUUCUGGGUACACAACACAGGCCCUCUAGGUUGUUUGCCUAGAAUACUUUCCAUAACCGAGAAGCACGCAGGUGAUUUCGAUGAACAUGGGUGCCUUGAGCCUCUUAAUACAGCUGCUAAGGAAUUUAACCAACAGCUGCAUGCUCUAUGUGAGGAACUUAGAUCCGAAUUAGACGAUAGCACAAUUGUAUAUGUGGACAUGUAUUCCGUCAAGUAUGACCUAUUCGCCAAUCCUGCUACUUACGGAUUUGUGAAUCCGCUAAUGGCGUGUUGCGGGUACGGCGGAGCGCCAUACAACUACAAUAAAAGUGUGUCAUGUGGAGUAAGUGGACACAAUGUUUGUGAUGGAGGAUCAAAAUACAUAAACUGGGAUGGAGUUCAUUACACAGAAGCUGCAAAUGCAAUUGUUGCCUCCAAAAUUCUCUCCACCAAUUACUCUACUCCUCCUAUCAACUUCAAUUUCUUUUGUAAUAAAUAAUUUUAGGUUCUCUUAUCAACUUAAAGUGGGAAGAUGGCUCCUAAUUUGUAUUCAUAAUAUGAUUUACAAAAAAUAAUUAUGUUCAAAUAUGUCUCUCAUAUCCUAUUCCAUAUUAUGAGAGGUUCUUAUUUUGCCAAUAACAAAAUUUGUCCUUUAAGGAACCAUUAAUUGCAUAUGCA